UUCAUAUUGUCUUCAUAUUCAGUCUCUACGUCAUUGUUCUGCUAUUCUAAAUUUCUUCAAUGGACGCCACAGUAUCUAAUAAUUAUUUUCAGAAUCCAAUGCACUUUGGGUCGGGUUAUUACCCCCACCAAGCGGGGCAAAAUGUCGACAGUCUCCCGUCCUUGCGCUCCACAAUUCUUCAGUGUAAGGCUCUUGCGGACAUCUCAAACCGGAUGUACCCCGCCCAGCACAAUCUGCCCACCCCGACCCAAAGGCAACCCUCUUUCUUCUUCACCCAGGAGCAACUAGAUUACGUCUUGUUCGGAUUUUCCCAUUCCGGAUGUAGGGGAACUCCCGUUCACGCCCUCAGCGGUCUAAAGAUCGGGGAGAUAAGUCAUGGAAUAGAGCGGAUUCUGAAUCACCAAAACGGCCUGUCCCCCCACUGCUCCAUGGCCUCCUGGAAGCUCUCCCGCACAGACCCACCCCCGCACGAACUCCCGGAAGAACUCUGUAUUUGCCCCACUACGUUUGCUGGCAUUAUUCACUAUGGCGUCUUCUGUCGCAAGGAAGCGAUAUUGAAAGGAGCAAAGUUUGGUCCUUUUAAGGGAAAAGUUGUCAACACCAGCGAAAUCAAAACGUUUGACGAUAACAGCUUCAUGUGGGAGAUUUUCAAAAACGGUAGAUUGAGUCACUUCAUCGAUGGCCGCGGUGCUACCGGGAACUGGAUGUCGUACGUAAACUGCGCGAGGUAUUCCAGAGAACAGAACCUGGUGGUUGUUCAGGAAGGGGAAAACAUUUACUAUGAAGUGUGCAAGGAUAUCCCGAUGGGAACAGAACUGCUGGUAUGGUACGGAGACAUGUACACCCAGUUUAUGGGGAUCCCCGUUACACUUCAGAAGCUAGAGGAAUCUGCUAACAUUCCCAUCGAACCAGAGAACGCGGAAGGAUAUCAGUGUGAGAGGUGUGGGAAGGUGUUCGCCUACAAAUACUACAGGGAUAAACACCUCAAAUACACCAAAUGCGUGGACCAGGGAAACAGGAAGUUCCCGUGUCACCUAUGUGCGAGGUCGUUCGAGAAGAGGGACCGCCUGAGGAUCCACAUUCUCCAUGUCCACGAGAAGCAUCGCCCCCACAAGUGCGCGGUGUGCGGCAAGAGCUUCAGUCAGAGCUCCAGUCUCAACAAACACAUGAGGGUUCACAGCGGAGAGCGUCCAUACAAGUGUGUCUACUGCAGCAAGUCUUUCACUGCCUCAAGUAUUCUCAGGACGCACAUUCGACAACACUCGGGGGAGAGGCCCUUCAAGUGUAAGUUUUGCGGUAAGGCUUUUGCGUCUCACGCCGCACAUGACAGUCACGUAAGAAGAACGCACGUGAAAGAAAAGUCCAUCCAGUGUAAAUACUGCGGGGCGGAGUUCAAUCACCAGCACGAGCUGAAGGUCCACUACAGGACCCACCACAGCGGCGCGGAGUCCAGUGUGACGCCAUGGUCCGUGGUAGAACCCCCACUUCCGGUCCAAGCUCAUCUUCCCAUCCUCCCUCCGGUCUAGACAGCAGAGGACGUCCAUUUUAAGUUAUUAAGACUUCAUUUGUAGCCAGAUUAUGUUUUUGUUUUAGCAAAUAAAUGCUUUUGUUUUGGAAAAAAAAAUAUUGUGUUUUCUUGUCUGAUUUUCUUAUACAGGGGUAGUCGUGUCCAAUUAUAUAACAUUAACCUUCUCGGUAAUGAUCUAAGAGCUCCACAUAGAGAUGUUUAAGAAUUACAUGUCGGUUACAUAUAAAGUAUUUAAAUCUAUAGAUUUUUUACGUUAUUAUUGAUUAAUAGUUUAUGGUUGAGAAAUCAUUUUUAAAAUGUUCAAGUGGAAUGUUGACAACAUAGUCGCCAUGUUCGUUCUGUCGCUAAUAACACAAUAAGCACACAAAAACAAUGUAAGGACUUCAAUCUUCAUUGGAUGUGUCUUUACAUUGUGAAUAUAAGGCUCUCUGAUCGUC